AUGAAGUCGAGCCUGGACACGUGCAUCCAGAACUACGACAAGGCCAUCGCCAGCUUGGACACUGCCAAGGAGGCGUGCAAGGCCUGCGACAAGGACAAGGAUACCAACAAGGACAAGAAGUGCAGCCCCAAGCACGUUAGCAAGGUGAAUUUCAUGCUCAGCGCUGCUGUUUCGAACUUCAGCGCAUGCGAGGAGGCCCUGAAUGACGCCGGAUCGCCCCCCAAGCCAUGGGUUAAGGACGAUGCCAUGGUUGAGGGGACGAAUAUCUUGUUGGAAGUUGCCAAGAAGAUUAAGUGA